AAUGUAAAGAAAGCAUGGUGAUGAUAUAUCCACUGAAUAGGCCUAUAUAUGCCUAACUGGAUGCCAGAUGGACUGUGUUUUUCACUCACAGUAUUAUGGAAAGGCCAUUUUGUUGCUACAUUUCUGAGAAACAGAAUAUUAAUGAGGCUGAAGGGAUCAAGGGGGUUACGUGGGGCACUGUCUCUUUUAGUGUGUACAAUGGCUAAUAUGUAACAACUAUAAAAGCAAUGGUCUGUAAAACAUCUAAUGGCUACACAAUCAAGAUGUAAACAGUUUUUGUAACAUCUCCUAAAAUGCUGAGCUGACUUGGUAACACAUUAUUUUAUCAUUUGAAAGCUCAAACUGAAGCGCUUGCAGUUGUUGCCAUGGCUCCGUUGAAUGAUUUAUGAUGCCAGGUUGAGAUAUAAAGCUAUCUUCGGUGUGAAGGGGGUUCAUGGUACUAUGACUGAAGAAGCCAACCAAAGAAGCAGCUGUUGCACUCAGGCACACAGAAAGGAAACCUCAGAUGGAUUUUGUCUACAGCAGUGGGGUGCUGGUUAUACAGUACCUCCAGAACAACUACAGGGAACACCAGGGCUUUCUCAACUUCAUGUCAACUGUUGGAGAUCCUCGUAAUAUUUUUUCUGUUUAUUUCCCCCUCUGGUUUCACCUCAGUCAUAAUGUGGGCACCAAGAUGAUAUGGGUGGCUGUUAAGUUCAAUCUUAUUUUCAAAUGGUUUCUGUUUGGGCAGCGACCUUACUGGUGGGUGCAAGAAAGUCACGUCUACCACAAUGACUCAUUCCCACAUUUGGAGCAAUUUCCCAUCACGUGUGAAACAGGGCCAGGAAGUCCAUCUGGUCACGCCAUGGGCUCAGCAUGUGUGUGGUAUGUGAUGAUCACCUCUGCUCUCAACCUUACCAGGCCUUCCUCCAUUGUCACUUCUGUGCAUAGUUUUCAAAGGUUUCGUCUUCUGAGGUCAUGUCUUUGGAUGGCUUUUUGGCUCAUUCAGAUAAGCGUUUGCAUCUCCAGGGUUUUUAUUGCAACACAUUUCCCACAUCAGGUUAUCCUCGGCCUUUUAGCUGGUAUGCUGGUUGCCGCAGCGUUUGAUCACAUCCCCUUAGUCUACAAUGCAAGCUUGAAAGUGUACCUCCAGACCAACAUUCUUCUUUUCUCUUUAGCCAUUUGCUUCUAUCUGAUCCUCAAAUUGACAGACAGUGAUCCUUUUUGGUCAGUUACUAAAGCCAAGAAGUGGUGUGUUAACCCAGAUUGGUUCCAUCUUGACACCACACCCUUUGUUGGUCUGGUGAGAAACCUGGGAGCCCUGUUUGGUCUCGGCCUGGCAGUGAACUCUCAGAUGUUCAUACACAGCUGUAAGGGGAAGAACAGCUACAAAACCAGAUUCAAACUCGUGUGUGACAGCAUCUCUCACAUUCCUGCAACUGUAUGACUUUAUCAAAAUGUUCUCUCACACUGAGGUUCUGUUUUACAUUUUAUCAUUUUGUAAGAGCGCUUCAGUUCCUUUUGUUGUGGUUGCUGUUGUUCCUUACUGUGUUCAUUUGUUAA